AUGGGAGAGUGUUCUGGAGCUGAUUUCGUUGACGAGCAUAUGGAGCUCAGAGUGGCUUCUGUGUUUAUUGUGCUUGUGCUUUCAGCUAUAGGUGUAUUCUUUCCCUUGCUAGGGCUCAAGAACCAUAUUUUCCAUAUCCCAAAGAUUCUUUUAUUUGCAGUGCGUUUCUUUGGCUCCGGUGUUAUUGUCGCCACGGCGUUUAUCCAUUUGCUAGGUGACGCCUCUGAGUACUUGUCUGAGCCUUGUCUUGGUGGCAUCUGGCAAGAGUACCCAUGGGCUACUGCCUUUUGUCUUAUGGGUGUUUGGAUCAUGUUUACUAUUGAGCUUUGUGUCAGUGAAUACGUCAAGCACAAGGGCUUGAAGCGUCUGGAUGGGUGCAGUGGAUGUGCUGAGUUGGUCCUUGACGAAGACUCUGCCGAACCACACACUGACCCAUACCACCAAAGCAGAAGACCUCUGCUGCAUCUGCAUCCCGCCGAACAACAUCUGCAUCUGCAUCAACUUGAAGACUUGGGCGCUAGCAAGAGCGUCCAGUUUGCUGCUGCUGAAAAGAUGAAUACAUCUCUGAGUGAAACCUUGGAGAGAGAUAUGGAAGCGGCUACUGCUUCCGACCUUUCAGAGAGCACCUACCGUGUGCUUGUAAGCAUUUUCAUUCUUGAGUUUGGCAUUGUCUUCCACUCUGUGUUUGUGGGUUUGUCGCUUGCUAUUGCCCAGGACGAGUUCAGGACUCUUUUGGUGGCUAUCUCGUUCCACCAGUUCUUCGAAGGCAUGGGUCUUGGUGCUAGAUUUGCUGGUGCCAUUUGGCCUAAGAACCAACACUGGGUGCCAUGGGCUCUCGGUUUAGCAUUUGCUUUGACUACGCCUACGGGUGUUGCUGUUGGUUUGGGUGUUCGUCAUACCUAUUCUGAAGACUCCCGGGAGGCCCUUCUCACUGUGGGUAUCUUCAACUCGUUCUGUUCGGGCAUUUUGAUUUACAAUGGUUUGGUUGACUUGAUGAGUCAAGAUUUUAUCCACGGCGAUUUCUUGAGAGCCUGUCGCUGGAAGAAGGUGGCUUUUGCAUACUCGAUGCUCACGCUUGGGUGUCUCCUCAUGGCGCUUAUUGGCAAAUGGGCCUAA